CUCCGUACGAUUCAAAUGAUAUCCGAGGGCUGAAAUCUCUCUGCACACUUGUUUGUCUCUGCAGCAAUUCUCCCGCUGUGAAGUGUGAACAUUAAUAUCCCGCUUAUUUUCUGUCCAAAAAGCCACCAUAUUUUUCUUCCAUUUUUAGUCCCCUGUGAACAAGAAAAGAAAUGCAAGAACAAGCAACUAGUUCAAUUGCAGCCAGUUUUCUUCCAUCCAGUAGCGAGAGAUCUUCCAGCUCUGCUAUUCAACUUGAAGACAAAGAAGGGAUGGAGAGUGACGAGGAAGUUAGGAGAGUGCCGGAGAUCAGCGGUGAACCGGCGGGAACUUCAGCCUCUGGUAGAGACGGCGGUUCAGUUGCGGGUGCAGAGCGAGCGCAGGCUCCAGCGGAGGGUCAGAGUCAGAGAAAGAGAGGAAAAAGCGUAGCUGACAAAGAAAACAAGCGGCUAAAGAGGUUGCUGAGGAACAGAGUUUCAGCACAGCAAGCAAGGGAGAGGAAAAAGGCGUACUUGAAUGAGUUGGAAACAAGAGUCAAAGAAUUGGAAAAGAAAAACUCUGAGCUUGAAGAGAGGCUUUCCACUUUGCAGAAUGAAAAUCAGAUGCUUAGAAAUAUAUUGAAAAAUACAACAUCAAGCAGGAGAGGAGGCAGCAGUAAUGCUAAUAAUGCAGAUGGUGUAUGAGAGAGAAAAAAAAAUAGAGGUGGUUGUGGAUUUUCAUUUUGGCAGAUGGGAUUGGCCUCUAAUGUAUUGAGUACAGAAGAAGAACAUUAGAUGAGAGCUUUCAAAGAUCUGUUUGGUAUUGUUAUUGAAACUGUUGUUG